GAGAGAGGAAAAGAGAGAGGAGGAGAGGCAGAGAGAGGAAAAGAGAGAGGAGGAGAGGCAGAGAGCCAUUGAAGAGCCAUUUAGCUUUAAUCAGAGAGAGAGAGAACAUCAUAAAGGCAAACAUAAGAGAGGAGAUGUCAGAAGAGGAAAGAAGAGAGAUCCCUGGGAAUUACAAGAUGGGUGAGACAGAGAACAGUGAAGAGGAGGAGGAGGAGGAAGAUGACAAGGAGGACAUUCUCCCACCUGAUAAAAGUAUCCGAAGGAGAGCUGUGGACUGGGUGAAUAAGAAGUGGGAGAAGAGGAACCUCAAAAAGAUGGAGAGAACGUAUCAGAGAGAGGCUGAGGAGGGCUAUAAGAUCGUCCACAUAGCCUUCCCUGGACACCCAAGGGUAAUAUCCACCAUGACCCGGGCAGAGAGAGAGAGGGAGAAGAGGAAGGAGCUGCUGAAGGAUAAGGAGAGAAGGAAGAAGUUGGAGGAUUUCAAUAAGCAGUGGAGAGAGCAGUCCCUGCUUAAAAAAGGACUCAUCAGAAUCUGAAGGAGGAGAGGGAGAGGAUGAUGGAAAAGUACCUGGAGCAGAUGAAUCUGGAGGCUGAUGCUCAAAUCAACACCCGGUGUCCAACCACCCAACACAGCCACGAUUCCAACCACGGUCAGGCAUUGCCGGGAUGGGCCACAGGCCAACAAGUAAGCCAAGAGCCUGUUGGAUCUGGAGAUGGCCAGCAGGAGGGGCCAAGGAGGCAGCAGGCAUGGGCAGAGAACCAGGAGGGGAGUUCGGAGAACCAGCAGGAGUGGCCAGAGAACCAGCAGGAGUGGCCAGAGAACCAGCAGGAGUGGCCAGAGAGCCAGCAGGGGGAGCCAGAGAACCAGCAGGGGGAGCCAGAGAGCCAGCAGCUAGAAGCUCCAGAAGAGGCUGAAACUUCAGAGCCAACCUCCAAGAACAAGAAAAGGCCAGGCAUCUGGAAGAGAAUUAAGAUGAGCAUUCCUGACGUGCUGUCUGCCUAGAGCUGGAACUCGAUGAAGCUACAGUUCCCCUGAGGUUACAUUGGUAAUUAAAAGUGUCGCCCAAUAAUUCCUCCUCCUAUUUAAGUCAUCAAGCCACAUUUCCUCCACAAAACAUGAUAUUCUCCUCAAGCCAGAAAGUAUCCUCUUUAUCAAGGCAACAAACCAUCUAAGGUCAGUGACUCUCCUCCCCAGAGCAGAGUUUCUCAUCUUUAUCCAAGUUGAAUUCAUCUCUGCUCACCACCUCUACUGUCCUAGAAAAUAUCCCCAAAUGGACAUGGUUUAAAUAGAAGUCCUCCCCUCAGACCAGUGGCUCCACAGACCAGAGUUUCUCAUCUUUAUUCAAGUUGAACGCAACUCUGAUCAUUUCCACCACCUCACCUGUUAAGGGGAGGUGCUGAAAAGGAGGUCUGGGAGGAGGUCUGCAGGUAGCCUGGACCGGACCGGUUGCAGCUAAGUUGCUGGCUCCAUCCCCGGGCAGAGCUGCUCAAGUCAGGCCAGUGAUGUUUGUUGAUGUCAUUUUCAUUA